UUAUUUCAAUUAAGUAUACAUUGUUGUGAAAAGUUCUUAUCAGCGGAAAAACGCUUAUCGGGAGCUUGUUUCCGUACCUUAUCAAAAAUGAUAUUGAUGAUCGGGAUUUAAAUGGUAGAUAUUUAUUGCCAUGAAAACAGUACAGCAAAAAUAAUACAGAAGGCAACAUUUUGUGGAGGAUAUGGUGUAUGAAAAAAAUGAGGUAUAUUCAGUACAGUAUAAUUACGAGGAGGUUCCAAAAAAAGAUAAACAAGAGAAGGAAAGUGUUGUUUCUUUCGCAGUUGGAAACUACUGGUUACAAAUUGCAGCAGUCAUUAGUGUGAAUUUGGCAGCUAUUGGAGCAUCAACAACAUGGUUUUGGACUUCUCCGGCACUACCGUAUUUGAAGAGCAACAUUUCAGAAAUUCCGACAACUGACUCAGAGGGAAUUUGGUUAGCCUCAAUAUUAGACAUCAGUGCCAGCAUCGGUCUUUUACUAUGUCCGCUCUCUUUACAGGUUACAGGUCGCAAACUUAGUUUGCUAAUACUUGGUGUAUUUCACGCAAUUUCCUGGAUAAUGGUUAUUUUCUCAAAAAAUAUCGAAACUCUUUACACAGCACGAUUUAUUGCUGGAUUGUCCUAUCAAAUGUCCUUUAAAAUCCAGAUUAUCUACAUCGCGGAAAUUUCAGAUAAGAAUAUCAGAGGAACUUUAGUGUCAACAGUGAAGAUAUUUUCUUGUCUAGGUCAGUUAUUUGUAAAAAGUGCUGGCGCUUUUCUUUCCUUUCGAAACAUGAACAUAGCAAUGCUAUCAACGCCUCUUUUAUUCUUGUUCACAUUCGCAUUUGUACCAGAAAGUCCCUACUAUUUAUUAAUUCGAGGUAAAAUAAGAAAAGCCUGGGAAAGCAUUUCAAAACUUAAAGGAACGAAAAAUCCACAAAUUGUGGAAUCUGCAUUGGAAGAGAUUCAAGAAUCUGUAAAAGAUGCCCAAAAAAUAAAAGCUUUUUGUUUUCGGGAACUAGUGUACAUUCAAGGAAACAGGAGAAGUCUGUACAUUGUACUUAUCGCUGUUGCAACCGCAAGUUUAUCAGGAAGAGCUGUUAUGACUUCUUUUACUCAAGAGGUAUUGGGUUACAGUGAUUUGCCAUUAUCUCCUGAAUAUGCUACUUUAAUAGUAGCAGGUAUUGCAUUAUUUAUAUCCGUUUUGAUUACUCCAUUUAUCGACAGAGGAGGGAGGAAAACUGUAUUUUUCUUAUCUGGGAUCCUAUCCACAAUAUGCCUAGCACUUCUAGGAUUGACUUUUUUUAUGAAAUACUAUAUGAAGACUGCUAUACCCUUUUUUACAUGGAUGCCACUAAUUUGCUUUGUACUUUACUUUGUCACAUUGGAAGAUGGCAUUGUUAACUUGACAGAUAUACUAAUGAGUGAAAUGUUUGCACUUGAAGUUAAAGGAAUGGGUUUAAUUUUCAUUGGACUAGCCAAAAAUUUAUUUUGGUUUAUAACUCACUUUUCCUUUGGGUGGCUUAAUUCCACAUUUGGAAUUUACACUACUUUUUGGAUAUAUGCAGUUUUUUGUUUGACUGGAACAAUAAUGUUUAUUAUUGUUGCUCCGGAAACAAGAGGAAAAUCUCUGGAGGAAAUUCAAGAUAUUUUGCAUGAACGACGUAAGUUGAAAGAGGAUGAUUUGAUCGAUGUGUAAUCUUUUUUUUAGCUAUUAAGUGUCAAUUUCCUUUAUUACUAAGGUUCAAAUUUUAAUUUUAAAACCACAAAAUGAUUAUGUUAUAAUAAGUUGAUUAAGGCAUAUGUUUAUGACCACGUUUUAAUGAAAAUGUAUGUACUAAAAAUUUUGAUUUAGUUACGUAAGUUCAAUCUCCACUGAUCGCUUGUGUUCAUCUAGAUUCUAAAUUAAUGGUAUCUCACAAUUAGUUCUCAAAAUUUAAUAUUUUUAAGAAUAUAGUUAAUUUUUUAGUAAAUUUAUUGUUUUUAUUUUA